GACGGACGACAUGAAAGCUAAGCUGCGGAGCCUUGCUUUGCUUGCUCUGCUCUGCUCCAAGCGAAAUCUCCAAACUCCUCUCCUCUCCUGUGCAGCUGUGCUUGUGGCGUGCGCACCACCACUUGUGUGAUUGUCUCGAGCCGAGCCGAAGCGAAUCGAAUCUUUCUUUUCUGGCACCGGCACCAGCUUUAUUAGUACAAGAACAUUUGCUCCCCUCCGUUCAUCCUCUGCUUCUCCAUCAUCAUCUUGUUCAAUUCCUUAUUAGCUUGUAGCUCUUCUUGUUGCGGUUGCGGCUUGCCCUGCCCCCAAGUUUUCUCUCUCUCUUUCUUCUUUUCCUUGCUGUCGGUGCUUGCCUUUCCCCCAAUCCGUGGCCGUUGCCAUGGCCGGAGCUCCUUCCAUUCCAUCCCUGCGGGUGGGGCGACAGCCGUAGCUGCUUCUUGAAUCUUGAGGACCCAACCCACCCUAUCCUACCUACCGUCUCCUCUCUCUUGACCAGACCAAGAGCAGAUGGCCAGGCACAGGCUCCUCCGCGUGCUCUGCCUGUGCAGCGCCUUGGCAGUCGCCCUGCCGGCGCGCCCGCCCAGCGUCACCAUCGGCGCCCUCUUCACCUUCGACUCCGUCAUCGGCAGCUCGGCCGCCACCGCCAUCCGCCUGGCCGUCGACGACAUCAACCGCGACGCCACCCUGCUCAGGGGCACCAACCUCAGCGUGCUCAUGCAGGACACCAAGUGCAGCGGAUUCGUCGGCACCAUCCAAGCUCUUGAGCUGAUGGAGAAGCAGGUGGUGGCCGUGGUGGGCCCGCAGUCCUCGGGCAUCGCGCACGUCGUCUCCCACGUCGUCAACCAGCUGCGCGUCCCGCUGGUGUCCUUCGCCGCCACCGACCCCGCGCUCACCUCCACGCAGUACCCCUUCUUCGUCCGCGCCGCGCACGACGACGCCUUCCAGAUGGCCGCCGUGGCAGACAUCGUCGCCCACUUUGGGUGGCGGGAGGUCACCGCCGUCUACGUCGACAACGACUACGGCCGCGGCGGCGUCGACGCGCUGGGCGACGCGCUCGAGGCCGCGCGCGCCAGGAUCACCUACAAGGCCGCGUUCCCGCCGGGCGCCGACCGCGCCGCGCUCGGCGACCUCCUGGUGCGGGCCAACAUGAUGGAGUCGCGCGUCUUCGUCGUCCACGCCGGCCCGGACUCCGGCCUCGACAUCUUCGCCGUCGCGCACACGCUCAACAUGAUGGACAGCGGGUACGUCUGGAUCGCCACCGAAUGGCUCGCCGCCGCCAUCGACGACGACAAGGAGUCGAUGGGCCGGAUACAGGGCGUGCUCACGCUGCGCCAGUACACCCCGGACUCCGACGCCAAGAGGUCUCUGGAGACGAGGUUCAUCGCCGCCAGCCGGCAGAGCAGGAACAACGCCACCGCUGAAGCAGGCAGCAUGAACGCCUACGGGCUCUUCGCCUACGACUCCGUCUGGAUGGCGGCGCGCGCCAUCGACCAGUUCCUCGGCGACGGCGGCAACAUCUCCUUCUCGGCCGACCCCAGUAUCCACGACGCCAGCGGGAGCGCGCUGCGCUUGAGCUCGCUCCGGGUGUUCGACCAGGGCGAGCAGCUGCUGCGGAAGGUCAUGCUCGCCAACUUCACCGGCGUCACCGGCCAAGUGCGGUUCGACGCCGGCAGCAGGGCCCUCAUCAACCCGGCCUACGAGGUCCUCAACGUCGGCGGCACGGGCGUGCGGCGGGUCGGCUACUGGUCCAACUACACGCGCCUGUCGGUGGCCGCGCCAAGGCUGCUAUUUGAUGGCCGGGCACCCAACGGCACCCAGCAGAAGCAGAAGCUGUACAGCGUGAUCUGGCCGGGGGACACGACGUCGCCGCCGCGCGGGUGGGUGUUCCCGAACAACGGCAGGCCGCUGCAGAUCGGCGUGCCGUACCGGACGACGUACAAGCAGUUCGUGUCCAAGGACUCGGGGCCGGACGGCGUCAGCGGGUACUGCAUCGACGUGUUCAAGGCGGCCGUGGCGCUGCUCCCCUACCCGGUGCCCGUGUCCUUCAUCCUGUUCGGCGACGGCGUGAAGAACCCGAGCUACAGCGAGCUGGUGCAGCGUGUCGCCGACAACUACUUCGACGCGGCGGUGGGCGACAUCUCGAUCGUGACGAACCGGACGCGCGUGGUGGACUUCACGCAGCCGUACGUGGAGUCCGGUCUGGUGAUCGUGUCGCCGGUGAAGGCGACGAGCUCCAACGAGUGGGCGUUCCUGAAGCCCUUCACGCCGGGGAUGUGGGCCGUGACCGGCGCCUUCUUCCUGUUCGUGGGCGCGGUGGUGUGGAUCCUGGAGCACCGGUUCAACCCGGAGUUCAGGGGCUCGCCGCGGAAGCAGAUGGUCACCAUCUUCUGGUUCAGCUUCUCCACGAUGUUCUUCGCGCACAGAGAGAACACCGUGAGCACCCUUGGUCGUUUCGUCCUCCUCAUCUGGCUCUUCGUGGUGCUCAUCAUCAACUCCAGCUACACCGCCAGCCUGACCUCCAUCCUGACGGUGCAGCAGCUGUCGACGGGCAUCCAGGGCCUGGACAGCCUCCUCUCCAGCAACGACCCCAUCGGCUACCAGGUGGGCUCCUUCGCCCGCAGCUACAUGAUGGAGGAGCUCGGCGUGCCGGCGUCGCGCCUCCGCGAGCUCGCCAUCGACGAGUACGCCGACAGCCUGCAGCGCGGGCCCGGCAACGGCGGCGUGGCGGCCAUCGUCGACGAGCUGGCCUACGUGGAGCUCUUCCUCUCCACCAACUGCCAGUUCAGGACGGUGGGGCAGGAGUUCACCAAGAGCGGAUGGGGAUUCGUGAGUCGGAGUGGAGCGUUCCAGCGUGACUCUCCCCUUGCGGUGGACCUGUCGACGGCGAUCCUGACGCUCUCGGAGAACGGCGACCUGCAGCGCAUCCACGACAAGUGGCUGAACCCGGGGACGUGCUCGUCGCAGAGCACCGACGUGGGCGCCGACCGGCUGAACCUCAGCAGCUUCUGGGGCCUCUUCCUCAUCUCCGGCGUGGCCUGCUUCGUCGCCCUGCUCAUCUACUUCGCCAGGAUACUCUGCCAGUUCUGCGAGUACCACGACGGCGGCGGCAACGAAGGCGAAGGCGGGGUGUUCCCGGACCCGGAGAGGAGCCUGCGGCGGCCGGCGAGGCUGAGCAGCAUCCGGGACCUGAUGUCGUUCGUGGACAUGAAGGAGGCGGAGGUGAAGAGGGCCAUCCGGAGCAGGUCCGGCGAGAGGCGGCUGGACAGGUCCAUGGGAGGCAGCUCCAUCUCCGAAGGGCCUUCAUUGUCGCGGCCGUCGUCGAUCAUGUCGCCGGUGUGAUAAGCAGCAAGGGCUUUUAUUUCUUGAUGAUGACGAGUAGAUAGAUGAGAUAGCAGAUGGAGCUAGCUGAGCUCAAGAUAGACAGAUAGAUAGAUUACUUACUAGGUGUAGAUAAGAUAGAUAGGUUACUUACUUGUGUGCAUAGCAUAGGAGAUAAAAGGAUCUCGAUAGAUAGAUCAGUUGGGAAUUUGGGAUGGAUCAUGUCGCCCAUGCCUUUGCAUUUCGUCGAACGCCUUGCGUGCGUGCAGGCAAGGCUCCAGGGCUCCAGGCAGAAAUGAGCAGCCAUCAAGAGGGCCAUCCACUGAAAAUGUGAAAUCAAAGAAUAGGACAAUUGGACCUUUUAGUCCAACAAAAGAUUAAUCAGGCCGAGAUCCAAUAUCA